UUGUGGAUGUUGGUGAGCCAACCCUUUUGCUAGCUGGCUGUCGGGGAGAGGUCCCCAGAUCCCUCUCGCACUGCACGUGACUCACCCCCUCCCUCUCUCCCUCUCUCCCUCUCUCCCUCUCACUCUCCUUCUCAACUCUCUGAAACAAAAACCGCAUCAUCGCUUUCUUCUUCCAUCACUCAAAACCCGAACCUCAAAUCAAAUCCCUCUCUCAUUUCCUCACACUUUCAUCUCUCUCUCUCUCUCUCUUUCUUUGCGUAACGAUGAUUCCGCGGUAUUUUUAGCUAUUUCAGAUUCAAAUGCGAUUGGACGCCACGCCAGAUUCCAACUCGAAUGCUUGGAUCUGCUGCCGGUUACAUGAUCUCCAGCUUGAAGCAGUUGGUGUUACUGAAAUAUAUAUUUCAAUGAUUUUGUAUUUUAAGAACUACCUUUAGCUUGGAUAUGUCUCUUAUGGGUUAAUAAUUGUGGCGAAAUGGUUUUUCAUUCCAAAUAUAUAAGAACAUGGAGGAGACACGAGAAGAUGCAGGGCCGGCAGAGCAAGGGCCAUCUAAUGUGUCGUGGUGGCCUUCAGAUUUUGUUGAAAGAUUUGGAUCUGUUUCUUUGGGUUCUCAAGAUGAGACCUUAAGUAAUAAAGAAUCUCCUCGGCAUUCUGACAAGGAUGUUUUAUCUUCUCAGACAGCAUCACAAACUCUCUGGCGCACUGGAAUGCUUUCAGAACCAAUACCAAAUGGUUUUUAUUCAGUCAUUCCGGAGACAAGACUCAAAGAACUUUUUGAUAGUAUUCCUUCAUUGGAUGAGCUUCAUGCUUUGGGUGGAGAGGGUUUUAAGGCAGAUAUCAUUCUUGUGGAUUCAGAGAAAGAUAAAAAGCUAUCCAUGUUAAAGCAAUUGAUUGUGGCAUUAGUUAGAGGAUUAAACUCAAAUCCAGCUGCAAUAAUUAAGAAGAUAGCUGGAUUAGUUUCUGAUUUUUAUAAGCGGCCCAAUGUGGAAAGUCCAGCAAAAGCUGCACUAGAUGAAACCUCUCACUUGUUUGAGAAUCGAGGAGUCCAGAUGCUGGGGCAAAUAAAGCACGGUUCUUGCCGUCCUCGAGCUAUCUUAUUUAAAGUAUUAGCUGAUACUGUUGGUCUUGAAAGCAGGCUCAUGGUGGGCUUGCCAAAUGAUGGGGUUAUUGAGUGUCAAGACUCUUACAAGCAUAUGUCUGUGAUAGUUGUAUUAAAUUCUGUGGAAAUGCUGGUUGAUCUUGUGCGAUUUCCGGGCCAGUUGUUACCACGAUCAACCAAGGCAGUUUUUAUGACUCACAUUUCUGCAGGAGAGAGUGAUUCAGCAGAAAACGAUUCUUGUGAUUCUCCAUUAGAACCAAACAGCCCCUUAUUUGGGGUUUCAGAGAGUGCUGAGAAGGAGGAAAACCUCCAAUUCCAUAGAAGAUUUGAUGCAUCUUCAAAUGUAUCAGGCAUUUCCUUGAGAAACAUGAUGUUACGAUCAAAUAGCAGUUUGAGUUUGUCUCAUAGUGAACCCAACAUUGCCACUGCAUUUGGUCGGCGUAGUCGGAGAAAGGUCAUUGCUGAACAGAGGACAGCUAGUUCAAGUCCAGAACAUCCAUCAUUUCGAGCACGCGGACGGUCCAUGCUUAGUGGUGAUAGGACGGCAUUUAGAGAUUUUUCUGAUGACCAGGCCACAUCAAGAUCCAGCUAUAGGUCAGAUGGUGCAUCCUCAUCAGAAGCUCGUAGGAUACGAAGAAGAAGCAUCAGCAUUACACCAGAGAUUGGGGAUGAUAUCGUAAGGGCUGUACGGGCAAUGAAUGAAACACUGAAGCAAAACCGUCUCUUGAGGGAACGAGGGGAUGAUAACUCAUUCUCCCAUUCUCCAAACAAUAGCAGUGAUGCAAAUCUUCAGAAAAAUGUGGCAAAUUUCCACCUUGAUGGUCAUGAUGAAAGAUCUGCUUUAUAUUCUUGUCAGCGUGACCAAGGAACUUCACAAAAGGCAAUGUCUUUACCAUCUUCACCACAUGAUUAUAGAAGUCAUGCUUCUGAGAGAAGUGGACCAUCGAGAUAUGGAGUGCAUGAUGAAAUGGAGUCAACUUGGAAUAAAGUACUGGAAUCUCCAAUGUUCAAUGAUAAACCUCUGUUACCAUAUGAAAAAUGGAAUAUUGACUUCUCUGAAUUGACUGUUGGAACUCGUGUAGGGAUUGGUUUCUUUGGAGAAGUUUUCCGUGGCAUAUGGAAUGGCACAGAUGUUGCAAUCAAGGUUUUUCUAGAGCAAGAUUUAACUGCUGAAAAUAUGGAAGAUUUUUGCAAUGAGAUAUCUAUUCUGAGCCGGCUCCGACAUCCCAACGUUAUCUUGUUUCUCGGUGCAUGCACAAAGCCUCCACGCUUGUCAAUGGUUACAGAAUAUAUGGAGUUGGGAUCAUUGUAUUACUUGAUACAUUUGAGUGGUCAAAAGAAAAAGCUUAAUUGGCGGAGAAGACUAAGGAUGUUACGUGACAUAUGCAAGGGUUUGAUGUGCAUACACCGAAUGAAGGUUGUUCACCGUGAUUUGAAAAGUGCAAAUUGUCUGGUGAAUAAGCAUUGGACUGUGAAAGUAUGUGAUUUUGGGCUUUCAAGAAUAAUGACAGAUACUCCUAUGAAAGAUUCAUCCUCGGCUGGAACUCCAGAAUGGAUGGCUCCUGAGCUUAUUCGAAAUGAACCAUUCACAGAAAAAUGUGAUAUCUUUAGCCUUGGGGUGAUAAUGUGGGAACUUUGCACCUUGAGCAGACCAUGGGAAGGCAUACCACCUGAGAGGGUGGUUUAUUCCGUUGCAAAUGAGGGUUCCAGAUUGGAGAUACCAGAAGGCCCUCUAGGCAGGCUGAUUUCAGACUGUUGGGCAGAAUCUCAUGAGCGGCCAAGUUGUGAGGAGAUUCUUUCUCGUUUGGUGGACAUCGAGUACUCCAUGUGCUGAAGCAAGAUCUUUUGUACAUAGAAAACGUUGGGUAGAGUUGUUACAUUGUAUUAUCGGCUGAUGUUGUGAAAAUUAUUUGUGAAUUUUGUUCUUUUUCGCAGAACAUGCGAAAUAUGAAUCAAUACUGUUGUCUUUCCCCUGUGCUGCAACUCGUCUCUUUCUGGGGCAAUGAGAAAGAUGAUCAAUCCGUCUCUCGAAACAUAGUGUGCAAUGACGGGCACAAUCCGAGUGUGUAGAAUCGUUAUUCCCAACUCAAAAAUUGGAUAUUAAUCUCGCA